UUAUUUUUUUCAAAAUAGAAUGUAACCUUAAAUAUAGUCCCUGAGACUACACACUCCUGUACAGUAGAUGGCGACCUGCACCUAAAACGUUGGUUACGAGACGUGAAUAAAACCAAAGAAGAAGAAGAAAACGACGAGUAGAAGGUUGAAGCUGAGAGCCAUGGCUCGUGGGCAGCAGAAGAUUCAGUCCCAGCAAAAGAAUGCAAAGAAGGCAGCAGAGAAGAAGAAAUCUCAGGGUGCAGACCAGAAAACGGCCGCCAAGGCUGCACUGGUCCACACCUGCCCCGUCUGUCGGACACAGAUGCCCGACCCAAAAACCUUCAAGCAGCACUUUGAGAGUAAACAUCCCAAGUCCCCCAUGCCCCCUGAGCUGGCUGAUGUUCAGGCAUAAAGGACCACUGAGAAGCUGAACCUGGAUACACAAUGACCACGGAUGCAUUGCUGCGUCACAAGAAGGAUGUUGAGGAAAACGGAUCCUGUCAGUAUUCAAUGGGUGGAUAUAUGGAGAUGCACAAGAGAAAACGGGGCAGAUAAUCACCAGCAGCCCCCACCACCUGUUUUAAAACAAUUAUAUUUAUUAUGUGUAACUACGAUAGUGUCACAGAUGGGUGAGGGUGGAGUUUCAACCAGCACUGUGUAAUCCUGUGAUGUUAGACCUGCAGAGUUGAACAUCUUUUCCUUCAAGCAGCAGAUUUCAGUAGUUAGAUGUGGCUGUUUGACACCUUUAAACAUGACCGCCUGCCUGGUGAAACGAAACAUCGAUAAACUUCACAGAUGCUCCACCUUCCACCACACAGCAGUUUUAUUUUUCUGCUUAUGUUGGUGUAGAAUUACUGAACAAUACCUUGUUACAUUGUUCCACUUCAAUGAACCCAGGAAGGAACGGUAGCCCCGAGGACUCAGAGCUACAUGUGUGUUCAAUUAACAAGCUGCAAGAAUUGAAAAAUGUUUUCACUGUACUUUUUUUAAUAAAACAAUCAAUUUAAUUUGA